AUGCCUCUAACCGACGUAGCUUCCUUUGUGCAACACCUCCAGUCGUCCAGACGCAUUGUUGCCUUGUUGGGGGCUGGCCUGUCUGCCUCCAGUGGUUUGCCUACAUUCCGUGGCGCUGGAGGUCUAUGGCGCACCUACGAUGCCACCAUGCUGGCCACCCCCGAGGCCUUUGAAGAAGAUCCUGGUCUAUCCUGGCAAUUCUAUUCUUACCGCCGGCACAUGGCUCUCAAUGCCAAACCAAACCGAGCCCACCUUGCCCUGGCAGAGUUAGCCCGUCGCAAUCCCAAUUUCAUCACCCUCAGCCAGAACGUCGACGGUCUCAGCCCCCGCGCCGGUCACCCUGCUGCCCAACUCAAACUACUCCACGGUAAUCUGUUUGAUGUCAAGUGCUGGGACGAAGACGGCUGUGGUUAUCUUCGCAAAAAUGAUUUCACCGACCCCAUCGUCCCAGCUCUGGCCAUUCCUCCGGAAGCUGUUGACUCGCAGCUCAAGGCCGCCAUCGAGCAGAAGAAGAAACACGCGUUGAUUCGAGGAGCUGACAUCUCAGAUAUCGAUGUGGAGAUCCCCGACCUCAAACGCGAAGAUCUUCCGCAAUGUCCGUCCUGCAAGAAGAAUCUGCUUCGUCCGGGAGUGGUGUGGUUCGGCGAGUCCCUGCCCCGAGACGUGAUAAGCGACGUGAACGAAUACUUCGAGCGGCCUGAGAAGAUCGACCUCAUGCUGGUGAUUGGUACAAGCGCCCAAGUAUACCCAGCUGCCGGUUACACGAACCUGGCCAGGGCAAAGGGUGCUCGAGUUGCAGUCAUCAACAUGGACCGCAGCGAUGCAAGAGAGCUCACAAAGGACGAUUGGUUCUUUGAGGGAGAUGCAGCUAUCGUUGUGCCCGAGAUUCUAAAGAGCGUAGUUGGGGAGAUAGGGGAGUUCGAGGAAACGAAUCGACCAGUACUAUGA